AUAAUUUUUUUCUUGAUAAUUCUGUAUGGGAAUAUUUUCUUCAAAAACUAACUGAAAAGACUGAUGAUUUUGAAUAUUUUGUUCAAAAAAUAGCUAGAGUAUCAGCUGUUAAAGUAUAUCAAGGCAAUAAUCAUCACAUUUUUGAAAAUGAUCUUCGUAAAUUAUUUAACCAGAAUAGGAUAAUUGCCUAUAUAAUUCAAGUUACUGAAGGAGACGGUGGAUUAGAUUUAUUACUUUCAUAUAAGGGUAAUCAAAUAUGUGUACAGUAUAAAGAUAGAGAAAAUGCUCUUACAUUAUCUAUAUUAAAAGAAUUUGAAUUCACAAUGAUACAUUUUAAAAAUUUAUUGGAGAUUUUGGUUUAUAAUA